AUGGUCAAACUGCCAUCAAUGGUAAAACCGCCAUCAGUGGUAAAACCGCCAUCAGUGGUAAAACCGCCAUCAGUGGUAAAACCGCCAUCAGUGGUAAAACCGCCAUCAGUGGUAAAACCGCCAUCAGUGGUAAAACCGCCAUCAGUGGUAAAACCGCCAUCAGUGGUAAAACCGCCAUCAGUGGUAAAACCGCCAUCAGUGGUAAAACCGCCAUCAGUGGUAAAACCGCCAUCAGUGGUAAAACCGCCAUCAGUGGUAAAACCGCCAUCAGUGGUAAAACCGCCAUCAGUGGUAAAACCGCCAUCAGUGGUAAAACCGCCAUCAGUGGUAAAACCGCCAUCAGUGGUAAAAUUUUCUUCUAAGAACCCACAAGAUUGCCUGCUGCCCUCAAUGGUCAAACCGCCCUCCACCAUUGAUGGUAAGUCUGAGAUGCUUGGAUGGGUCCAGGUGUUUGACGAAAUGGUGGCAAUUGAUACAGGACCUCAGGACCCCCAUUGGCCUGCCCUGGAGUAUGAACCACAUGAAAGGGACGACUUGGAGGAGCAACAGCCCUGCUAA